AUGAGAGAUUCCAAAGAGUUUCUAGCUGAACUUUGUAUCCGUGAGAUUGUUCGCCUCCAUGGGGUUCCAAUGAGUAUAGUGUCUAAUAGAGAUCCUCGCUUUACAGCGAGACUAUGGCAGGGUCUUCAAAGUGCCUUGGGUACUCAAUUGAAUUUUAGUACUACUUACCAUCCACAAACCGACAGAUCACCAGUGUAUUGGACUGAAGUGGAAGAUUCACCCUUGCUAGGCUCGGAUCUAGUCCGUGAAACUAUCGAGAAAAUAGCCCUCAUUUGGAAAAGAAAAGGGUUGAUGAGAUUUGGCCAGAGUGGAAAGCUAUCACCUAGAUUCAGCGGCCCCUUUGAUAUCAUUGAGCAAAUUAGAGAAGUUACAUAUCGCCUUGCAUUGCCGCUACGACUCUCUAAGGUCCACAAUGUGUUUCACGUGUCUAUGCUUCACAAAUACGAACCCAAUCCCUUUCAUGUGUUAGAUUGGACAGAGAUUGAGAUAGACGAAGAUGUGUCUUAUGAAGAAAAACCGCUCCAAAUCUUGGAUACUAGAGAACAAGUUUUGAGGGGUAAAACAAUCCCCUUAGUUAAAGUGUUAUGGCGCCAUCACAAUGUGGAGGAAGCUAUAUUGGAAUGUGAAGUGGAGAUUCGCAAGAAGUAUCCCGACUUAUUUUCUAAAUUGUGA